CCCAGUCGGUCAGUGCAACGAGUAGGUCAGAAGAAAAGGCUGGUAUUUUCAAAAGAGCAGUUAAAAAAAGAAAAGAAAAUACUUUUCACGGAGAGCCUUGCAGAGCUGCCUCCUUGAGAGCUGUUCCGAGACAUCUGUCUCGAAUCUGAACACGUAACUCAACAGCGUUUGAAAACAGACGCUGUAGCGUCGGUGGAGUGUUGGACCCGCGUACCGUUUGUGACCCCAGGAGAAUCUAACUGUCUGAAACAGAGAGCGGCCAUGACGACUGAGGCUGCGAAUGGUAACGCAGGAGAUAACGGGCCGGACAGCGUGGCCCUGUGUCCUCUGGCGGCGGAGGUGUCCCCUGAGCGGGUCCUGCUGUGUAUCUAUGGGACAGGGGACAUGGGUCGCUCUCUGGGCCAGCGUCUGCUGCAGACAGGCUACAGGGUGGUAUACGGCAGCCGCAGGCCCCACAGCUGUGGGCCCUUACCCCAGGGAGCCCAGGUGCUGAGCCAUGCAGCAGCUGCCCAGUCAGCUGACCUGGUCAUUGUUUGCGUUCACAGACAACACUAUGACUUCCUGGAGACAUUGGCACCUCAACUUAAGGGAAAGGUGCUGGUGGAUGUUAGCAACAACCGCAAGAAAAAUCUUUACCCAGAAGCCAAUGCUGAGUACCUGCAGAGGCUUGUUCCCGGAGCUUCUGUAGUGAAGGCCUUCAACACCGUGUCCGCCUGGGCCCUUCAGAACGGACUGACGGAUGCCAACAGAAUGGUGUACCUGUGUGGGGACGGUGCUGAGGCCAAGCAGGCGGUGGCGGAAAUGGCCACCAAGUUGGGCCUCGGCGUCCUGGACAGGGGCUCGCUGUCGGCAGCUAGGGAGCUGGAGGACUUCCCCCUGCAGCUGUUCCCCGAGUGGAGGCUGCCGCUACGCCUGGCCGUCGGCCUCACCGCCUUCUUCUACUUCUACAUGCUAACCAGGGACGUCAUCUAUGCAUACGUGGAACAGGGGAAAGACAUCUCCUUCAGGCUCGUGGUGUCCAUGGCCAACAAGGUAUUUCCCAUCGUGUCGCUGACCAUGUUGUCUCUGUGCUACCUGCCCGGCAUCCUGGCCGCCUUCCUUCAGCUCUACAGGGGGACCAAGUUCAGGCGCUUCCCUGAUUGGCUGGACCGCUGGAUGCUGUGCAGGAAGCAGCUGGGUCUCCUGGCGCUGUGCUUUGCCUUUCUCCACGUGCUCUACACUCUCAUCAUCCCCAUAAGAUAUUACGUGAGGUAUAAGGUCAAAGACGCCACCGUCGUCCUGAUCCGGGAGAAUAAGACAACAGUGUUUGACACUACCGUAGCCUGGUAUACCGACUCCUACUUAUCCAUAGGCAUCCUGGGAUUUGGCAUGUACGUCCUGCUGGGAAUAACCUCCCUGCCUGCAGUCAGCAACGCCCUCAGCUGGAGGGAGUUUAGCUUCAUACAGUCCAAGCUGGGCUACCUGACUUUGUUAUUCUGCACUUCCCACACCUACCUCUACGGCUGGAACAGGUUCCUCCGUCCCUCCACCUACAAGUGGUGGACUCCUCCGGGAUACAUGCUGUGUCUGGCGGUGCCGUCUGUGGUGCUCCUGCUCAAGCUCCUGCUCCUCCUUCCCUGCGUGGACCACCGGCUGACCCGCAUCCGACAGGGCUGGGAGAGGCCUGGGACCAAAGAGGAGAGCGAGAAACUGCUGAUGCCGUAGCGCUAUCGCUAAUACGCAUGCAUGCUUGUAACCUGACACACAGGUGUCAAGGAUGUAGGCAAACAGACACAGCGAGGACUUAGCGUGACGCAGCUCCAUCAUUAGACCGCCUCGCCUCUUUGCUAUGGCUGUCCUGUGUUUCAAGACCAAGGACACAAACAGGUGUUUUCUCUUGAGUUGGCUGACUAGACUUCUUCUCAGGUCUGUCUGAGUGUGUACACACUAUUUGACUGACAUCUCCUUGACUCUUCGUUCUGUUGCACAUGUUAGGAGGGAGAACUUUAUUAACCCCAACACGCAUGUCUUUUUGAUGGUGGGGGAAACCGGAGAAAACCCACCGCAGACACGAGGAGAUCAUGCAAACUCCACACAGAAGGAGGUUGGACUACCCCGGGGUUCGAACCCAGGACCCUUCUUGCUGGUUAGAAACCUUAUUAAUUUACCGUAUAGUUUAUUUCAAGCACAUCGUACAAUCCGAUCUCUCCUUGUACCUUACAUAGCUCCACCCAACCUCAACCUCAGAAGGUCUAAUCAGCUAACGCCACCAAAAACACUUGUCUGUGUGGGUCCUUUAAGGAUGCUAUGUGUAAUACUUCACCUUUCCUUAAAUACUCAGCUUUUCUCCCUGUUAAAGGUUUUUUUGUAAAAUUUUUUUUAGGGAGUUGUUUCUUAGCUGAUGUGAGGGUCUAAGGACGGGAUGUUGUGUUGCCGUAAAGCCCCGCUGAGGCAAAUUUGUAAUUUGUGAUGAUGGGCUAUGCAAAUGAAAAUGACUUAAGAGUGAUGUGAAAAGAACACGAAAAGUACAUAUCAGCAGGGGUUGCAGAUUUCUGCAUUCAAGCCACAGGUUUUUAUCUUUUUGUUCCCAUUUCUCACAAUUUGGUAUGCCCAAUUAACCUGUUCUCCUAAGGUCCCACCGUUAAACAACCCCUAUAGUGGUUGGGGAGGGAGUAGAUCACCACAUGUGUUCUCCAAUAUGGCGUUUCUUCUCCCCUGACAGCUGCAGGUUUCUCUGUGGGAAUGUAACACGUAUGGAGAUUCGUGUUUUUUCCCCCCACCAGAUCCACUUGCAAAUGUCUAGAUGGCCCAUCAUGUGAGGGAGCGACUAAUGGCAGUGGUGGUAUAAGUCACUCCAUACCAGUGCUGGGCUCGAACUUGAACCAUUGCGACAGGACACUAGCUUACUAGCUCGCUGUGCCACCCGAGUGCCGCCGAGUUAUCGAAAGACUUGGUCACACUUGUAGUCCUCCACGAAGUACACAGUGAUUGGUUUUUAUUUUGAGAUACUUCAUUGAUCCCUGUAGGGAAAUGCCGCUCUGCAUUUAACCCAUCCUAGCUGUGUAGCUAGGAGCAGUGGGCAGCCGCCGUGCAGCGCCCGGGGACCAACUCCAGCUCGUCUCGCCACGCCUCACUCAGGGGCACAGACAGGGGUACUAACCCUAACAUGCACGUCUUUUUUGAUGGUGGGGGAAACCGGAGCACCCGGAGAAAACCCACCGCAGACACGGGGAGAACAUGCAAACGCCACACAGAGGACGACCUGGGAGGACCCUCAAGGUUGGACAACCCCGGGGUUCGAACCCAGGACCUUCUUGCUGUGAGGCAACGGUGCUAUCCACUGGGCCACUGUGCCGCCCAAAUGACAAUCUGCACUUCAAGCAUUGCAAAAUGGCAGACGUCGGCGAACUUGCCGUAUACCCCUACCUUUACUGUUUGGAUCUGUUUGCCUUGCCUUGACUUGGAUUUGUUUUGUUCUUCUUAACUCACGCUGCUGAACAGUGCAGGUCAACAUUCAAGUAGAGCUACACAAAGCGCCUUUAAGGCCUGCAAUCAGAGGCGUUGCUGUCCUCUUUAGACGUGCAGUCAGGGGAUGAAUAACUCAUCGGGAACACAGCUGCAGCUCCAGCUUUUAAGUUUACUUAACCAGCCACUUUUGUGAGUGUCGUGAUCGAUGUGAAAGUGGUGUUUCUCCAGCAGGUGUACGCAAUGUUCAACUUCCAUGAUGUGUCUCCGUUUGCAAACGCACACACACACUGAAAUAUACACCCAUGGACAAAAACACGCAUGCACACAAAAUACACAACACACCACAGCAACACACACAUAUCAUUAACCGCUAUUUCCAUCUGCUGGUCUUCGCCGUCUUCCCUCAGGCCAGCUGUUUGUUCCACUACAUCGUAAUGAUGAUGACACCCACUUACUUGAUGUACAUUACCACAGACCCUGACCCCAGGCUGAGCUCUAUCGUCUGUGUUGUAAGUCUUCGCCUGUUUUAUUAGAUAAUAUCCGCCCGGGGGGAAUGUGUGUAUCGUUUUAUUAUUUUCAUCCGUAUCUAUACAUUGUGCUUUCUCGUGUUAUUUUUACCAUCCAUGUCUUUUUUGCAACCUAAAAUUCCAAUUUUUUUUACCUUUUUGUGUAAGCUCUGCGAAGAGCUCUUCAAAAUAAAGGUCGUCAAACGUGA